CAAAACUCCGUGUCAGAAAAUUGAAACCCAAAAAUAAUAACAAUAAUAACAACAACAAUACCGGACUCAAAGAAAGAGCCAAAGGCAGAAGUAAAAGGCAAAACAGAAAGAAAUGUUGCUGGCGUUACUCAUCUCCAACUCUGUGGGCAACAUUCUUGUCGAACGGUAUCAUGGAGUUCCAACUGAGGAGCGAUUGCAUUGGAGAUCUUUCUUAGUCAAACUGGGAACAGAUAAUCUCAAAGGUGCAAAAAACGAAGAGCUCUUUGUGGCAUCACACAAGUCUGUUUAUAUUGUUUAUACGGUGCUUGGGGAUGUCUCGGUUUAUGUUGUUGGCAAGGAUGAGUAUGAUGAACUUGCAUUGGCUGAAGUGAUCUUUGUGAUAACCUCAACAAUCAAGGAUGUAUGCGCAAAACCUCCAACUGAACGCUUGUUUCUUGACAAAUAUGGAAAGAUAUGCUUGUGUCUUGAUGAAAUAGUUUGGACGGGAAUCCUCGAGAACACAGACAAAGAUCGAAUCAAAAGGCUGAUUAGGUUAAAGCCUCCAGCUGAGUUUUGAAGUAUGAGAGGAGCGUUUCGUGCCAUCUCACUCAUGCACAUGACAGUGAGCCAGCCAUGAUCACUUUAAUCACGGUGGUGAAGACAUAUUUUGUAAAAGAAAAGUGGUUGAGAAAUUUAAUUUGUGCUUAAUCAUCGAGUCUACUAUUUCAAGCUUGAAGAUUCAAUAGCUAUCUUUUGCUAUUUAUCUGGCUGGGACAUUGUCAAUUUGUCUCUAAUUCAGUGAAUAUUCAAUGCUAUCUUGUUACUGAUGCAAAACCUAGUUUUUAUUUUGAAA